AUGCGGUUUGGUAGGAAAGGGAAAUUGAGUCCGAGGUAUGUCGGGUCGUAUGAAAUCAUUCAGAGGAUUGGUCAGGUGGCUUACGGGCUUGAACUACCUCCAGAGAUGUCUUCAGUGCACCUGGUGUUUCAUGUGUCCAUGUUGAGAAAGGAGGUUGGAGAUCUGUCACUUAUUGUACCAGUUGAGACUAUUGAGGUUAAUGAAGAACUGACCUAUGAAGAAAUUCCGGUUGUCAUUCUUGAUAGCGAGCUUGCGAGCCGCGAUACAGACUUUUGGGUUGAACAGUACACUGAGGAGUUAAAGAAAAAUAUUCGGAAGAAAAAGAUAUUUCUGCGGCCCACUAUGCGGCCACAGAAUCACUUUGCGGGCCACAGAGUGAAGCAGAAAACUGGGCAAGUUUGGAUGACAUUUUGCGGUUGA